AUGAUUAACGCCGCGAUACAUACAGAUAAAUGCUGUUGGAGUUGCAUUUUAUACGCCAAUAAGCACACUCACAAUGUAUCCUCGAAAAUAAGUCCUAAUAGUGUAGCGAAACACGAUGAAACUGCACCGUAUCCAAUGCAAUUCGCGGAUGAUAUAGAACCUCAACAUAAGUUAGGCUAUAAAAUAUUAACUCCCAACUGUACCACAUUAGUUCUCAAGGGUUUGUAUAUGUUACCCGAAAUUAUAUUUGGUUUAAAGAAGAUGAAAAUGGACAUAAAAUGUGAACAUUUGGAAAACUCACAUUUAACUAAUAAACACUUUUAUAUAAGAAGCACAUUACAACCAGAUGGAUCAAAUAUAUCAAAGGUUGAAAGAGAAUAUAUUCCACCUGGUGAAAAUGAAUAG